CCCGAGGGAAUCCGCAAGAUCUAACAGGUGUGUGACACGUCGUACGUAAAACAGUCACGUACAACAUGUCUGUUUUGCGAGUUGUGCUGCUCUUGGGUGUCAUAGCCCAUAGCAUAUUUGCAACAAAUGAGGAACCGAAAGAGUUUUAUAGGGCAGUCGUCGAGAGCUGUGGUGGAUGACGUUUGAACAGAUUACCAGAGGUGAAGAAGUUCAUUUAUGAAGAUCUCCCUCUGUUUCAUAAUGUAGAAUUUAAGAAGGUGGGUGGUGCCCCUCCUGAAUUGAUACUUUAUGGUAAAGAAGAUGAAGAAAUUGAGAGAAUAAAUUUAGAGCAUAAAAACAGAGACGAAUGUAAUGAAUUAUUAAAGAGGAGGGGAUUUUAUAAGAAAUCUGAUACAAGUGAAGAAGUCCCAGAGGAAUUUAAGGAAGGUCCCUACAUCAAAAAGGAAGAACUUUAAUUUGGAUCCAUUUUAACAAAUAUUAAAUUAUCUGAAUCAUUUUGUUAAAUAUUCCUAUUUUUGCAUUACUUUGAGAUUUUGAUAUAUAUUUUAAAAUGAAAUUAAUAGAAUUUUUGUUUUUAACCUAAGUUAAUUAAAUGACAUCAUGUUUGUUAAUAUUUAGUUAUCUUUUUUGAAUGUACUACUGCAAUGUGUGCAAUAAAGGUCCCAAACCAAUAUUGAUCCAAAUUCUAAAGAUGAAUUUUUGUUUCCAAACACAUAACAUAUCAAAGUGAUA